GCCAGCUGUCCAGCCCUCUGCAGAGAAGAUGCUGAUCACCUGCUGACGGGCGCAGCUCACCAGGCGAUGGCGCGCGUUCCAGAGAGAUCUCGCAAUGCUGCAGCAUUGCAGGAAGCUGGGACUCGGAGGACGAGUAAAGCUUCUUCCAAAUCCCUUCAGAUUUGAAUUUUACAGCAUUUGGUCAGUCAAACGCCAAAGUCAAAUUCGAGCAUUAAGUUGUUGAGCGCACCUUGUUCUCCACUCUGAUUCAACAUCAUGGCGGCGUCUGACAGUACCGUCACAAACAAGAGCUGGUUCCUGAAGGAGUACCCGAAAGGCCUGCCGCAGGAGUCCCUUUUUGAGCUCAGAGAAAGUCAGCUUUCCACAAAAUUAGAUGAAGGUUCAGACGAUGUUCUCGUGAAAGUGCUGUAUCUGAGCCUGGACCCUUACAUGCGGGGCCGGAUGAAGGCGGGGGGCUCGGGCUAUGCGCAGGGCUUCUCACUCGCUAAGCCUUUGGUCGGCGGUGCUGUCGGAGUCGUCGUCUCCUCUGCAAAUUCCAAGUUCAAGGAAGGAGACUUUGUCUUGGGCUCUCUUGGCUGGGAGCUCUUCACUCUAGUUCCCAAAGGCCAAGGCUUAAGGCCCAUCGAUCCGAAGGGUUUGCCCCUCUCAUAUUUCCUGGGGGUCUUGGGCAUGACGGGAUUGACAGCGUACUGCGGUUUGUUUGACAUUGGGGAUCCGAAGGAAGGUGAGACGGUGUAUGUGUCGGCGGCGUCGGGAGCGGUUGGACAGAUCGUGGGACAGCUGGCGAAGAUCAAGGGGGCGCAUGUCGUGGGGAGCGCUGGCAGUGCAGAAAAGGUCGAGCUCCUCAAGAACACCUUCAAGUACGACGAGGCGUUCAACUACAAGGACGAACCCGACCUGAGCGCGGCCCUCAAGAAGUACUGCCCCAAGGGGAUCGACGUCUACUUCGAGAACGUCGGCGGGUCAAUGCUCGAGGCGGUGCUGCAGAACGCGAACACGCAUGCGCGCAUCCCGGUGUGCGGGAUGAUCAGCCAGUACAACCUGGAGGAAGGGGAGGGGAUUCAUGGCCUGAUCCAGCUGAUCGCAAAGCGCAUCAAGAUGCAAGGCUUCCUGGUGGGCGACUACAUGACGUCACCGCUCGCCAAGUCCUUCCCGGAUGACGUCAGCAAGUGGCUCAAGGAGGGCAAGAUCAAGUACGUGGAGGACGUCAGCGAGGGCCUCGAGUCGGCGCCUCAAGCGUUCAUUGGAUUACUGCAGGGGCACAACGUGGGGAAGCUGGUUGUACACGUAGCAGACGAUGAGAGGGCGCCUAAAGCCAAGCAAGAAGAGUAGCUAGAGGACCGCUUGUGUUUGUGCGUGCUUUAGAGUUGUGGGCUGGCCAAAGGAGGAGCCGUUAUAAAAAGAUAGUCGGUUUUUUGGUUGGUUUCGCAGGUCUGCUAAUAUUGCGUUUUUCGUGUACCAUAGCACAGUCAAAUAUCCGAGAAAGCCUGAGACAUUUUGAUGCCUGCGUAGGUAGAAACCCUAGUAGUGGCCCAUGUAGAUUACAAGAUGCAAGGACGCUUGUUCAUUCAACAUUAAGAACGCAUUACAGUCAAAUGACAAGCUUUUCUUCUUCAUUCUGAGCGCUCUUCUCAUUUGUUCUGCCUCAAAACCUGACAC